UUUUUUCACAGAUAUCAAUAACGUUUUUCGACACACGUUUUUAAACACUUUUGUACUUAAACACACCCAUUGACUAUUACAUUUCCGAGACCGCCCAAAUUUCUCAGUCCACAUAGUUCGGGAAGAGAAAAAACACUCCCAAAAUAUCAAACUGUGAGCCAUGGGAAGAAGAUCACAGAAGAGCAGCGUGCUGAUGGUCUGCGUGGGCAACCUUUGCCGCUCCCCAAUGGCCGAGGCUGUUAUGAUUGACGUAGUGAAAAGGGCGGGGCUUCAGGGGGAGUGGCAUGUGGAUAGCGCCGGAAUCGAAGGAUGGCACUGCGACAGGAGACCAGAUGAACGAGCCCUUACUGUGCUGGCCAGCCACAACAUCGAGUACCAUGGCAGAGCAAGGCUACUUAUUCCAGAGGACUUCACCAAGUUCGACUAUAUCUUUGCUAUGGAUCGCAGCAAUUUGGCUGCCCUAAAGCGAUUGGCUCCGCAUUAUAGCACGGCCAAGCUUCUCCUGCUGGGGGAUUUUGGCUUAAAGCCGGAUGAACGCAUUAUUGAAGACCCAUAUUACAAUGUGGGCGAAGCACCUUUUGUAAAAAUCUACCAGCAGUGUGAGAUUGCGUGCCAGCAUUUCCUGAAACAAGCGCUCCUAAAGGAGAUUUUGUAAAUCAACCCCACGACCGCACGA